GAUCAUGAUGACCGUAUGGUAGGGACUUGCCAUAGUAUGGCUGCUUCCCGAUCUACUCGUGUUACAAGAUCAACAGUGGGGUUAAACGGCUUGGAUGAAUCUUUUUGUGGUAGAACUUUAAGGAAUCGUAGCAUUGCUCACCCAGAAGAAAUCUCUUCUCAUUCUCAAGUGCGAUCAAGAUCACCAAAGAAGAGACCAGAGCCUGUGCCAAUUCUGAAAGGAAAUAAUAACGGAAGAACUUCUGAUGUAAAACAGCAGAGUGCUCGAGAAUGGGUAAGCCCUAGGAAAAGAAGACUUUCUUCUUCGGAAAAGGAUGACCUAGAAAGGCAGGCCCUAGAGAGUUGUGAGAGAAGGCAGGCAGAGCCAGCACUGCCAGUCUUAAAGAACAUUAAACGCUGUCUUAGAGCUGAAGCCACAAACAGUUCAGAAGAAGAUUCGCCUGUAAAACCAGACAAGGAGCCAGUAGAAAUCAGGCGGACAGUAGUGGACCAUGAUGCAGAGUUUCAAGGGGCUAAACGAGCUUGUCGAUGUCUUAUAUUGGAUGAUUGUGAGAAAAGGGAAGUUAAAAAGGUGAAUGUCAGUGAGGAAGGGCCACUUAAUGCUGCAGUAUUAGAAGAAAUCACAGGCUAUCUGACUGUCAAUGGUGUUGACGACAGUGACUCAGCUGUUAUAAACUGUGAUGACUGUCAGCCUGACAGGAACACUAAACAAAAUAGCCCUGGUUCCUGUGUGCUGCAGGAAGAAUCAGUAGCUGGAGAUGGGGAUUCGGAAACCCAGACUUCAGUGUUCUGUGGUAGUAGGAAGGAGGACAGUUGUAUAGACCAUUUCGUGCCUUGCACAAAGUCAGAUGUGCAGGUCAAGUUGGAGGACCACAAACUAGUCACUGCCUGCCUGCCUGUGGAACGUCGGAGUCAGCUGACUGCUGAGUCAGCUUCAGGCCCUGUUUCUGAAGUUCAGUCAUCCUUAAGAGAUUCUGAGGAAGAAGUAGAUGUGGUGGGAGAUAGCAGUGCCUCCAAAGAGCAGUGUAAUGAGAACAGCAGUGACCCUCUGGACACGGGGUCUGAGUGCUUGCCAGCCUCUGGAGAGCCUGAACUGUCCUCUAUGCUAGACUGUGUUUCAGCUCAGAUGACAUCUUUGUCAGAACCUCAAGAACAUCGAUACACCCUGAGAACUUCACCUCGAAGGGCGGCCCAAACCAGAGGUAGUCCCACUAAAAACACAUCUCCUUACAGAGAAAAUGGACAAUUUGAGGAGAAUAAUCUCAGUCCCAAUGAGACAAACACAACCGCUAGUGAUAAUGUAAGUGAGUCUCCCACAAAUCCUGUUGAGAUCUCUCAAGAUGAAAAGGUUCUGUGUUGUGACUCUGAAAACUAUGGAAGUGAAGGACUAAGUAAGCCAUCUUCAGAGGCCAGAAUGAAUAUCGGACAUUUGCCAUCUGCCAAAGAGAGUGCCAGUCAGCACACUGCGGAAGAGGAAGAUGAUGACCCUGAUGUUUAUUACUUUGAAUCAGAUCAUGUGGCACUGAAACACAACAAAGAUUAUCAGAGACUUCUGCAGACCAUUGCUGUACUUGAGGCUCAGCGUUCUCAAGCAGUGCAAGACCUGGAAAGUCUAGGCAGACACCAGAGAGAAGCACUGAACAAUCCUAUUGGAUUUGUGGAGAAACUUCAGAAGAAGGCUGAUAUAGGGCUUCCAUACCCACAGAGAGUUGUGCAGUUGCCGGAGAUCGUGUGGGACCAGUACACCAGUAGCCUUGGCAACUUUGAAAGGGAGUUUAAACAUCGCAAAAGACACACUAGGAGAGUUAAGUUAGUUUUUGAUAAAGUAGGGUUGCCUGCUAGACCAAAAAGUCCUUUAGAUCCUAAGAAGGAUGGAGACUCCCUUUCAUAUUCCAUGUUGCCUUUGAGUGAUGGCCCAGAAGGUCCGCAUCCUCGUCCUCAGAUGAUAAGAGGUCGUCUGUGUGAUGACAGCAAACCUGAGACCUUCAACCAGCUGUGGACUGUUGACGAGCAGAAAAAACUCGAACAGCUACUCCUGAAGUACCCUCCUGAAGAAGUAGAAUCUCGGCGGUGGCAGAAGAUUGCUGAUGAACUGGGCAACCGGACAGCCAAACAGGUUGCCAGUCGUGUACAGAAGUAUUUCAUAAAGCUAACUAAAGCCGGCAUACCAGUUCCAGGCAGAACACCUAACUUAUAUAUAUACUCCAGGAAGUCCUCAACGAGCAGGCGACAGCACCCCCUUAAUAAGCACCUCUUUAAACCCUCCACUUUCAUGACUUCACACGAGCCACCAGUGUACAUGGAUGAAGAUGAUGACCGGUCCUGUCUCCAUAGCCACAUGAGCACUGCUGUCGAGGAGGCCUCAGAUGAAGAAAGCAUUCCUGUCAUUUAUAGGAGUUUACCUGAAUAUAAAGAACUAUUACAGUUUAAAAAGUUAAAAAAGCAGAAACUUCAACAAAUGCAAGCAGAAAGUGGGUUUGUGCAACAUGUGGGCUUUAAGUGUGAUAACUGUGGUGUAGAACCUAUCCAAGGUGUCCGGUGGCACUGCCAGGAUUGUCCUCCAGAAAUGUCUUUGGAUUUCUGUGACUCUUGUUCAGACUGCCCACAUGAAACGGAUAUUCACAAGGAAGAUCACCAGUUAGAACCUGUUUAUAAGUCGGAGACGUUCUUAGACAGAGACUACUGUGUGUCCCAGGGCACCAGUUAUAGUUAUCUUGACCCCAACUACUUCCCCGCCAACAGAUGACAUGGAAGAGUGUUGCACUAGUCCUCGUCAACACACAGCAGUGGCAUCAUUAUUAAUGGUGUGCACGGUUUGCACACUCACAGCAUGAGAGCUCCCCGAGUGUUCUCGUCAAGUACAGCUCUGCACUGUGUGGCUGUAGAUCAGCAGCUGAACAUUCCUGGUGAGCCGAGAGUUUCCUUGGUGAAAUUUUCACCACAACUAAAGCCUUGUAGGUGGUGAUGCUAAAUGGGUGAGGUGGAAACAAGAGCACACAUUAAUGCCAGAGUCAAUUCCAAAGGUUUUAAAGACCUCGGUCAUAAAUAUGAUAAUGAAAGACAAAGUAUUUAUAUUAAAUCAGUUUAGUAGCUUUCAGUUUUGUGAAGAUAGUUUUCAGCGCAGAAACAGACUUAGAGACGAAGUUUUAACCAGUGAUGGUGUUUGCUUCUAGGACGUGUACUCUAAAAGAACUCACUGUCUGGUGGUCACUGAUCGCCUGUAGUAGACUGGAGCUGCUUAACGGUUUGAUACCUAACUUAAUCACGAUGAACUGUCCGUACAAGAGCAGAGCGAGAGAUAGCUGUGGCUUUGCUUCUGUAGCCAGCUCAUGGGGUGUGAGUGUCAUGAAGUUGUCACGCAGAUAUAUUUUUAAUGUCAUGUUAUAUGAGAUGAUCAUGUGAUGUGUACAGACUAUGUUGAGAAGUGCCAGUGGUAGUAACUGUAAAGUCUGACUCACACCAUUAACCCUUUAAAGUACACAGCCUUCUGCCUCUGUGUGGAGUUGUCAGUACAGCUCGUCAGAGAAAACUGCCUAAUAUAAAAAUCAUAUAUAUGGUGAUAAUUUCUCCCUCUUUUGUAGUCUGCACAAGAUCCAUAAAAGAUUGUAUUUUUAUUACUAUUUAACGAGUGAUUAAAUGUAGUCUGCACAGUGAGCAAGAGUUCACAAUUCUUUUAUACUGCUGGAUUUUGUUGUGCAUCAUUUAAAACAUUUUGUAUGUUUCUUACCUGUGUAUACAGUAUGUUCUUGAAUAAUGUUCAUUUGUCAGGAGAACUGUGAGAAAUAAACUAUGUGGACAUGUUUGUUUAUAUUAUA